AUGACCUUUACAUCCUCCUUUGGGCUGCCGUGUGUCCAUACUUUGAAGAAGCUCGAGGAAGCAGGCGGAGCGUUGUUACUCGAGCAUUUCCAUCCCCAUUGGCACUUGAAACGAGAUAUGUCAAGACCACAUCCAAUAUUAGAGCCUAGAAAAGCCCCGAGCCUGCUCAACCAGAGACGCAAGCAGCCAGCAACUAGCACAAGGCGAGAGCCUAGCGCGUUCGAGACAAUUGAGGCAGCAACACGUCCAAAGGCACUGCCGAAAUGUAGCAUGUGUCAUACAAUAGGUCACACAAUGACGUCGAAGUCAUGCCCCUUACGAUAUACAGAGCUCUUUCAGCCACCAGCCUCAGUCACCGAAAUAACAGCACACACAACGAGCAUCGUGGUAUCAGAUGCAGUGGCGACGACAGCCGCAGAGGCGACGACAGCUCAUGCGACAAUAGGUCAGAAAGACGAGCAUCUCAUGGUAGCGAUGCAAGCGCCAACGGGCUACGUAAGAGAUGACCAGGCAUUAGAAGUUCAGGCGCUGGCAGAUCGUGAGUCUGGUAGCCAUACAUCUACAGUUGAGACAGUGGCAGAUUGCAUUAUAGUCAACUCGACAGUCGUACAACAGGCAGCGGUAGCCGAGUCAUCAGUGGUGGGAAAAUCAACUGCGCCAAAGCUCAGAUACAACGACCCGCAAGCAAUCUACCAGAGAUAUGUUGAGUCGAGACAGGCUUGGUACGAUGCGCAGCCGCGUGGCAGUGUCAAGACUAACCAGCAGUAUCGAAAGGCAAUGGGUUUACCCCAGCGGUACAACAGGGCGGAGCUUGCUUGGUGCCUUGAUUGGAAGCAGAUGGAUUGGGACAAGGCAGAAGAAGACCGGGUCGAAGCAAAGGUAGCAGCUGAGAUGGAAGCGAAUCCCUUUUCUGACAGACGAGGCAUGGGUGACAUCUGGGAAGCUGCGGCAGCGGACUGUGUGGCACAAGAGGCCCUGUAUUUAGGCGAGUGA